AUGACAGCCGGCCCAGGCGCGCAUCCAUCCAGUGCGAAAAAAAAUACUAUGACGAUUUGCCCGGCUAACGGGACAUCCGGGAACACAAUACGAGUCGAAGCCCACAGUGAUCCCAUGGCCAUGUCCACUGAUAACGCCCUUGUCCCUCUGCCACAUACCAAGCCCUCGAAUGUCGCCAUACCGUCCACCAUGCCGCCAUUGUGGGAUGCUAAUUCCAAGGUCAAAAUAACAAUUGUUCCAAAAAAAGCGCCUGUGCCUGAGCAUGCCCUCGCCAAAACAGCCACACCAACAACACACGCCUUUACUCUUCCAGCCAUGUCCUCCGACCACAGCUGCCAACCCCCCACCCCACACUACACCUGA